AUGUCUGCAGUCCAGUCCGUGCUUCUCUACGGCUCUGAGGUGUGGGCAGACGCGCUUAACAAGGAGGCGUACAGGAGGCUCGCACGAGUGCAGCGUCAGGCGGCACUCAGGGACAGGGUCGCUACCGCGUACCGUACGGUAUCCGAACCGGCCGUUUUGAAAAUUGCUGAAGAUAUCCCUGUCAAACUCUUGGCAGCGGAGAGGAAGGCAAUCCACCGGAGACAAGGCUACAUUGGAAAUGAUACCGCAAGAUCGGAGGAGCGCUCCCGCACUUUUCAGAUGUGGCAAGAAAGCUGGGAAAGGGAAACUCGAGGACGUUGGACUGCCAGACCACAGAAAACAGUAUGGGUAGUUUUCUGUGGCCAGACUCAUCCGACAGGUCCAACCGUGGGUGGAACGGCGGCACGGGGAGGUUGA